UUCAUACAUAGGAAAUAUUUAUAUAUUUCUAUCCCUCUCGCGCGUAUUGAGAAAUAAUUAAAUGAAUGGUGAACGAGUGAAACAGGAAUAUGUUCGAGUGGAAAUUAUUGAAAGCUGGCCCAGGCUAGUCGCCAUGUAGAAUUUUUUGAUGUGGGUGUUGUGAGUUGUGUCUUGGGACGUCAAACGCUUCAAUGAUUAUUAUUUUCAAGUGGACGUUAAUUUUUGCGUAUAUCGUCAUCUAAUCGUACGUUUUGUCGUAUUUAACAGUGUUUUAUGGACAUUUAUCUUUGUGAUUGCGAACAAUUCUUUUGGUGACGGCAGAUAAUAAAUUGGAGGGGGGCUGCUAAAAUACUACGACAGGAUAGUAACAACGUUUUACAACUCAAGAGAAGAGAGAAGUGUUCGGAUCGCUCAUAAAAUUUCUCAUCUCGGUGCGACCGAUUUGGACUUCCAUUUUGUUUUAUUAUGUGGUUAGACUGUGUACAGUGUACGUUGUAUACGAGACAAUGGAAAGCGACGGCAGCGACGGGCAUGAGUGAGCAGUGGUAGCGGGUGGCGGUGAUGCAGCGAGGAUACGCGGGCGCCGCGCCGCCCCCGCCCCCUUCCACCGUCCCUGCUCACACGCACACGCACCCUCCAUACCGCACGCACGCACACGCAGACAUCGACGACCAGGUGACGUCACUGUCAGAUGUUUAUUGUUUACGAUAUUACUACGUGCUCUUCCCAUCGCGCAUCGAUUCAACGAUCCCAGCAUCAGUGAUAAGCAGUGUUGGGACAGUGAGCCUCUCACAGUCGUCGACGGUCCCCAUCCCAAACAUAACCAUGGCCAACCCGACCAACCCUGGCAACGCGAGUAGCGGCACAGCCCCUCAGCCAGCGGCCCAGCCGCCGACUCAGGCCCCCGUCCGAAACCUCCCGAAGAAAAGGAAAUUCGACCCUUCAGAACUCGAGGAGAUCGAGAGAAACUGCAUGAACAAUGUGGCCGUCUCAGCGCCUCUGCCGCUCGACUUCCAGCAGAAUACUCAGCCUAUUCUACACCCGUCCCCCAUAGUACAACAGUCUUCUCCCCCAGAUAUCAAACCUUAUCCGAUCCACUACCUGAACAUCGACCUGUCCGAAUGGCGCGACCACAGAGUCCUGGCUAAGCAACGCGGCCUCUAUAUCCCCGGAGUAAUACGACAUGCUGAAGGCUGCAAAGUGAUCGUCGAAUUGGACGGCCAAGAGAAUGAGCCUGUGGAGUACAGUGACAUUUUCGGUAAAAACAAGUUCGACAUAAUCAGUGAUGCUAGCCCCCAAAUGGUCCACCUGCUGGCGGGGGCCUUGUGUGUGGUGAGGACUACAGAUCCGAGCCGGGAAAGUGUGCAAAAUGUGUUUGUGGAAGGAUUCGUGUCAGAGGUCCUUAACUCGCCGAUAAGGAUACGUGUUAAGGUGGCAGAGAUGGACAACGAGCCAGUGGAAGUGAAGAGAGCUGAUAUAAGACUGCUCCAACCUCCUUGGGCUGAUGAGCUGGAAGAUGCAGGAUCACAUCACACGCCCAUACAUCCGCACCUACACGUGCAGCAUAUGCCUGUACCGUCGUUUCAAAUGGGGGACGGUAAUUUCUACACGUCGUCCCCGAUGCCGGGCGCCUGUCAAGUGGUUACCGUCGGUGCUUCGUCCAACGGCUCCAUGGAUUACGGCGAGAGUGACGACGACCUAAGACGGGAAGACAUCAUGUUCCCCAACGACUCUCAGAUGGACUGUAGUAACAGCAAACGCAGCAGCUUGCAGAGUCGCGGCAGCACCUCGAGUCUCAUCGAGCGCUCUAUCACACCUAGAUCUCAACCGCCUACUCCCAGAUCUCAAGCGGCAACCCCGCACAAAUACAAGAAGGGCGACGUAGUGUCGACGCCGACAGGUAUAAGGAAGAAGUUCAACGGCAAGCAAUGGCGGCGGCUGUGUUCCAAGGACGGCUGCACGAAGGAGAGCCAGCGGCGCGGCUACUGCUCGCGACAUCUGUCGCUGCGCGGCGUCGCCUCCAACACGCCGCUUGCGCAGCCUUCGCAGCAUCACAGAAGCAGUAGUAAAUCGCUAUCAUCAAGUGGCACCGGAGUUGAAGGUGACGAAACUUCGAGAGAAUCGGACACAACGCCGCCGCACUAUCGCGUUACAGGCCGAUUCGAUUCCGACGAGACUGAGGCAGCCAAUAUGCUGGUGUCCCUGGGCAGCUCGCGGUCGGGCAGCCCGGGCGGGUCGCCGGGCGCGGCGCAGUCUCCGCCGCCGCUGCGCAGCAACGUGUUCGUGCCCAUCUCCAGUCCUGCGCCUCUCCGUCCUCUCCUCGACCGCGCCAAGCACACGCUCAUCAGACCCGAGUUAGUUCGGCCAGGCCCAGUGAGUCCCUCCGCGAGUGGAGUGGCCACCAGUGUCAUACGAGUUUCCCCUUCGCAUUACCAUCAGCCGGAAAACAGAAACGGGCCAAGUCUCCACAACACAAGCCAACCAAACGCAUUAGGCGUACAAAACUCAGGGCUGUCCAUACAGAGCACCAUCCAGUCUACGAUCAGUCAGCAAUAUUCUACCGUACCUUCAAAUUUGACUCUCCCAUCAAGCAUAUCCCUGAGUAUCAACAGCUCAAAUCUUCAAACCAGUAUCGGCAAUUCUAUGAGGAAUGCAAACGAACUACCACACAAUCUUAUAGUGCAUCGGGCAGUUAAUGGGACGAAAGAACAAAUGUACAGACAGACUUUGAAUUUGCGGAAUGGGAUACACGAUUACAGACGCGAGGAAUCACCGCCACCGCCAUUAAAUAAUCAUGAGAAUUUUUUAAAUAGAAGAGUCUCGGAAUACGAUGAAGAGAAUGGAUUACACAGGAUCGAACAUCGGCCGCCGGAAGUAUCCGAGACUCGCGUGCUAGAAGACAAGAGGAUUAUCAAACCGGCGCCGCUGCAGGCCAGAUUCUACGUCCUGCCGCAGACCAUGGAAAAUAAGUUUGUGCUGAUCAAGAAUGAGCCAGUCGAACCUAUUCAUAUAGAAGAGAAAAUGCCACAGCAAAUAAAUAAUAACGAACCUGAAAAUGAACAGGGGAAAAACAGGGAUAGGGGAUUGGAUAAUGGCGAUCAUUUGAACAACAGCAGCGCUGUGAUAGUCCACCCGAGUCAGUUGCUGCCAGUACUACCACCCCCCACUUCGCAUACUGCUAUUAUAGUAUCGACCGGCGGAGGAGGCCCGGGCGCGGUGUUCCCGUGGCAGUCGCUGGUGCCGCUGCUGCAGGGCUCCCCGCCGCCCUCCCCCCGCACACCGCGCACGCCCCGCACGCCCCACACCCCGCACACGCCGCACACACCACACACCCCGCACACGCCCCACACGCCACACACGCCACACGUCAAGACCGAAGAACAGAUUAAAAAUGAGCCUGCCGGCGAAACAGCGCCCCCUAUGUGCACAGAAGAGGACGACGAUGUGUUCGACGUGAUAGAGGACACGACUGGCGGCGACGAUUCCAGUAAGAAAAGGUCGCAGAGUCUGUCUUCGCUCAACUCUCCCGCCGCCGCCAGUGACAAGAAAGAGCGGCGAAUCCGGAGACCAAUGAACGCGUUCAUGAUCUUCUCCAAACGGCACAGACAAAUGGUACACCAGCUGCACCCCAAUCAGGACAACAGGACUGUCAGCAAGAUACUGGGAGAGUGGUGGUACUCGCUCAAACCCGAGGAGAAACAGAAAUACAACGAGCUGGCCAGCGAGGUGAAAGAAGCUCACUUCAAAGCGCACCCGGAAUGGAAGUGGUGCAAUAAAGAUCGCAGGAAAUCCUCAAGCAGUCGAGACCCGACUGGAUCAAUGCCGCAGAGUCCUCGGACGCCGUCGGAAGCCGCAACGGCUGCUGUGGAACUUCCGGUCACGGUGGCUUAUCCCGUCGCAGCUUCACCACAACUCAGCGAUGACGAACAGAUGCCACAGGCCCUGAUGGCCCCGUCACCGUCGCCGGCGCCGGCGCCGGAGUCGCAGCCGCAGCCGCAGCCGCAGCUAGACCUGACGUGCGUGGAGAAGGUUGCGGACUCUGACUCCGAGGGGCUGGAGGCCCGCGACUACGUGCCGCACCGCGACCACACCAGGAGGCCUAAACCGAUCAAGGCCAGGGCUGGCUCGUCGGAUAAUCUUCUGGGCGGUAUAACAGCGUCGAGCCCGGGCGGCUCCAAGGUGUUCCAGCCCACCGGAGGCGCCUUCAAGUCUACUCAUGCUGAUACAGGCGAUCACAGACAAUGGACAGCAUUCACUACCAUAAACAAAAGCAUGCCAAAUCAAGUACCAAGUUCCCCUCACCCCUCGCAGUCCAUAUCGGCUAGUACCCAAAGUCUUACAAACAGCGUGCAAGGAAUAUCCCUUAGCACCCCUAAUUUAACAAUUCAAGCAGCUUUAGACAACGCUAUAGCAUCGAUAAUGAAUGUGCCGACGACAUCGAGCGAGGCGCAAAUGAUAUCGAGUGGGGUACCGAUGAAACAAUCGAAUGUAUCGAUGAAUCAACAGAGUAUGAUGAAUACGCAAGCGCCGACGUCGAUUGCGCUCACGAAUGCACUGCUGAAAAAUGUUACGUUGAUGAAGAGAAAUAUUGGUGAUAAUUCUACAGGUCCGCUGACGUUGUCGCUGGACGCGUCGGGCAACUUGUUGAUAAAGGCGUCGCAGGCGUCGCCCGUGUCGCCCGCGCCUCUCCACUGCGUGCAGCUGCCUCGCAUCUACGUGCCCGCCUACAGCGAAGUAGACCAAACCCAAAACACGAAUAAGCAGCCAUCGAGUGGCGCCAACACGCCCUCUGUCAUCGUGUCUCAGAACCACACUGUUCCCAAACCCAAUGCCCAAUGGGAGACGUCUCCGGAAGAGGCGCGGCCGUUCCCGCUGGCGCCCACGCCCGCGCAGCUGGGCCGCGCGCCGCUGCAGAAACGACUCAGCAGAGGGACAUCGACAGGUUCCACCGGCAGCGGCGACCAAGCGGUGCCGCGGCCGGAGAGCGGGCCCGCGACGCCGCUGGACGCGGAGGCGCCGACGUCACCCAAACCCGACAACCUGCCCAGCCCUUCGCUCAAGAAGAGCUUGUUCAAGAAGGGCAAUGAAGAUGGCAGAGAUAAAGUAUUGGAGACGGUGAACUUCGAACAGAAGUUUAGCACCUUGCCUCAAUUCAAACCGGAGGCAUGCAGCCCGAGCGCCAUGGUUGUACCGCGAAGCCCGCAACUCUAUCUCAGAAAGAAACACAACAAACUCGGCAUCGAGGAAGACGGCACGAUAGUGUCGACUCCCCAACUAGAAGGAGAGAUGAUGAACGGCGCCAGCAUGCCGACCCCGAUCUCGUACGGGACUCCGCACACCACAACCAAACUGGUGGGGAACACCUUCUUCGGGCCUGAUUUCAAUCUUGACAACUAUAGAGCGCCAGAGAGUCUAGAGGAGAUGUCUCCGCGCACGCCGUGCUCGGGCGCGGGCGGGGGCGCGGGCGGGGGCGCUGGCGGGGGCGCCGGCGGGGGCGCGGGCGGGGGCGCAGCACGCGGCGAGGCGGGGCACCGGCGCACGCUGGAGCAGCGCCGGCACCUCGUCAUGAAGCUGUUCCACGACCACGGCAUGUUCCCCUCCACGCAGGCCACCACGCAGUUCCAGGCGACCCACAUGGACAUAUUCCCGACGAAAAUGUCUUUGCAACUGAAAAUCCGCGAAGUUCGGCAGAAACUGAUGGCUCAGAACAACCUCACGCCGCAUUCGGAGGUUAACACACCUACCAACGUGAACUCUCCAAUAGUGACGUCGACGGCUAGUUAGCGAUGCGGAUACACUAUCUCCAUUGUGGUGCAAGAGUAGGCGAGUUGUUUAGCUGUUUACACCGACCCAGCAAUGUAGGAGGUACAAAUGUUUACAACCGCGCGUCGUUUAGUUUGAAGGUUAUGGAAAGUGUGAAAAUCUUUUGGCUUAUAUCAAGUGAAUUCAUAAAAUUGAUGGUUUUGUUAUGCGAUUGUAUAAGGGUCUGUCAACGGCUAAAUAAUAUGAACAGAAGUCUACAUUGUAUUGAGUGCAGUGGAGUAUGUGUGAUUUUAAUUUGUGUAUGUAAGAGGGCCUAUUUUAUUACUGUGAGGUACUUUUUAAUAUGACACAAUGAUGAAAAUUCGGAUAUGAACGCAUUUAAAUUACACUGAAUCGAAUCAGUAUAGAACUAAUUGAUAGUCGUGUUUUAAUAUCCAAAUUGUAAUUUUAAGAAAAAAAUGUUAAAAAAUCUAUAAAAAUAACUCUGUGAAAUGAUUGUGAUGCGUUAUCGAUACUAAUAUGGAUUAUUUAAAAAUCGAUUUGAACGAAGGUCUAUUCACAUUAAAAUGUUAUGGAAAUUAGUUAAUGUGAAUAUACUAACUUUGCGAAUGAAAGACUACGAAAUAUCGACUAUUCCAAUAGCUUGUCUAAGCUUCUACAGUUCAAUGCUUUAUUUAACGAAAUAUUAUGAUUUGAAGCAAUAAUUACUUUAUUUCUUUUUAAUCUGUACAUUUAAGUUUAUAGUGUGUUCCGUGCUAUCGUUCGUACCUUUGAGAAUGGUAAGGGAAUUUAGACUCAAACUGUCCACUUGGACAAAUAUUGGGGGAAUCUUAUUUCGUAUAGCUAUAGGUGGAAGUUAGGGUUUCGGUAACGGUUAUUGAAUUUCGCGGUAAUAAUUAAAAAGUUAUUUGUGACGGCAAAUAACAUUGGCAGUGUAACGGCGAGAAAUGUUUAUGACUAUGAUAUGAAAUAAAAGCGGUUUUACAUACACGUACAGAUAGUUUGCUUUAUGAUAGGUACGAUAUCUUUAAUUCUUUCAUGCUAAUGCAAUUUGUAAUGUGUUCGUGAGUCAUAGCAGUUUUGGAAGAAAAAUAAAUACAAUAUCCAACAUGCUGUUAAGUGCCAAGAUCGUACGUAGUAUAAAGCAAGCAUCUUAUAUCCAGUUCUGUCAAGUGGUACUGAACUGAGACCAUUUUUAUAUAGUAUUCACAGAUUUGGACUGCAUUUUAUAAACAAUAUUGUUAGUCUAAUUUUCCAUUUAGUGAAUAACACCACCAACACAGAACACCACGGUCAUUUUGAACGCAAUAUGUUACAGUACAACUUGCCAAAGAGAACUUACAUUCCUUGUAUAUAUGUCUUGAAUGGUAUCGUCGACAAAUGCAUUCUGAAAAUGAUAGACAAAAUAACCAGAUUCUGUGAGUGACAUUAUUAUACUAUAAAUGCCCAAUUUUUGUUAACAAUGUGUUUGAUGAUGUCUGUUACAGAGGCUUUGAUUUCUUCUGUAAUUUCCAGAUUUUGGCACUUGUUGACGAUACCAGUCGAAGGUAUUCGAUAGCCCUGGAACAUCACUAUGAUUAUAAUUAGUUCAUUAAAGGCUGUAUGGAAUUUUCGUCCAGACAAAAAAGAAAAAAAAAUACAAAAAAAUAUCAUCAUUCGAAAUGUAAUUAAUGCCAUACUUAUGUAUUUAUUUCUCGCUUUAUUCCUACCCUUCGAGUAGGCGGUCAUUAAUGCUUAUGUCAUCAAAUAAAUAACACAAUAUUGAUUGUAACUGGAGAUUAUGAUCAUAAUUGCGUGUUUAUUUUGGGAUGCUAUAGUAUAAUGCACAAUUGAGUUUAAUCAUCUAUCAGUAAGAAAAGGUUUUUGACAUUUAAUAAACUAUCAAUACAGUAGCUAAUUGUGCAUUAAACUGAACAUCUAAUUAGCUAGCACUUUACUCAUUAUGGGCACGAUCUCAAUACAUUAAUUUGUGUAAUCUUAUGUAAGUCCUUAUUUGGGUUGAAGUGUAUUUACGGUUGUAUAAUGUCGCAAUAUACUUGUAAUGUACGUCCAUUCUGCGAGUGUAAUAUUUUAUUUAUCGUAUUCCACUGUUGCUUGCCUUAGUUAGGGGAGGGAUAUAAUGACAUGGUUAAAUAAGGACGCCGAACUCUCAAUGCAAAAUAUAGUCAGCCAAAAUCACAAAUGAUCCACAUUAUUUACUGUUUUCGUUCAACUUUAUUACUGAUUUUUUGGUUGAUUUUACAUUUAUUAGAUAGCGUCGUUCGUUGAUCAGUCUGUUAUUUGUUUUUAGUUUCUUUGCAUUUAAAAAGAUUAUAAUAAACGGCUUUUGACGCACAGUGGUUCCUUGCGUCCUUGUUUUACAUAGUGAGUACCAAUAGUCAAGUAACGUGUACAGUACUUCCGUCAACGAUACUCCUACGUUGGUUUGAAUGCGGCAAAAAGCAUAGAAAUAUACGCAUGUGACACUUUAUUUGUCGAUUGGUAUAAAUAUAAAUGCAAAAGAGAAAAAUAUUCACAGAGCAAGUUGAAAAUUGGUGCGUACAAUAUUAUUUAAGUCUUAAUUAUUUUGUAUCGUUUGUAUUUAUGUUGUGAUGUUGGUCUUCCACAUGUUUGAAAAAGAAAACAUUUUUUAUUAGAUGGAUAUCUACUUAUUUAAUUAUUUCUAUGUACAGUGAUUUACUUUUAAGCCACGCGGAGUGAUUUUAAUUACUUUUUGGAUGCCAUGUUUGAUUAGAUACGAGAAGUGACAAAAUACGACAGUAGUUUGAGUAUUUCAACUCAUCUUUGCUUGUUGUGCAUGGCUACAUGGCUUCAAUGGCUAUAGCUGGUUAAUAUUAUCUUAAUAAACAAAAAUAAAGCCCUUUCAAUGAGUUGAAUAAUCAGAAACAUAAAUAUUAGACAAAUACAAUACAAAAUUGAUAUCGGCGUUUUAUCUAUCAGUAAGUGAAGUAGUGAUCAUUUUGGAACAUAACGACAGUUGGUCAGCUCAAACAUUAACGACACUAGAUAAAUCAAUAUUUAUACAAUAACAUAAUCUCACUGUAAAUAUUAAAUUUUACUUUUAAACUAGUGUUAAGAGUUCCCGGCUCUCAAAGUAAUUAAGUUUUAUUUAGAUAAUGCUAAUUAAUAAUAAUGGAAGGAGAAAUAUAAUAUAAUAUAUAUUUGAAAAUUUUCGGCCAAUACAAAUGUUAUGUAUAUCAAAAUUGUAUUUUUAAUGAUCUCUUUGGCGUUAUUAGUAUUUAGACAUUGCUUUAGGAGUCCGGAAGUGGAAUGAAUUUAUUAAAAAUUAAACGUAAGAGAUAUUUUCGCACUGUUAAACGUAUCGUAAUAGUUAUAGCGUUGGUUGACAUCGAGUUCUGUUGAUUGUAUAGCUAAAGCAAACAUUUAUAGUGCCCUUUUAAUAUUAACACUAUUGUGAUUACAUUAACAAUGACAACAGUGCUUGAUUCCUGUAAAUGAAUUAAAGUACUACAAUGUGAAAAAGAACUAUUUUAUCCACUCAAGCCUACAAUAAAUCAAGAUAACUAUACUAAAGACAAGAACUUGGUGUCAGUCAUCGCAUAGUCAAUUGGUCAUUGUCAUAAUCAUUGUUGUUAUACAACUCGUACAAGAUAUUCUAUUUUAUGAAGGUAUGUCUUGAUUAGCAAGUGAUUGUAUUUUUACAGGUCUGCCUAUAUUGAAGAUGUUGUUAAUGUCAUUUUGAGACUCAAGGGCUCAGAUUUGUCAAGAUACCUAAAUAUUAUCACGCCUGUUUCCCGAUAUGAUAGUCACGUGUUACUAUUAGUCAGUGGCAACUCUGUAAUGCAGACCACCUAUUUUUUUUGUAACGAGAUAAUACCUUCAUAAUAAUAGUAUGUCAUUAAUAAAGACGUUGUUACCAGUAAUGUAUGUAGUCAUGUUUCACGAUAAUAGCUAGUCUGGACUUUUAAAUUUCUCGAUCCAUUUUAGAGUGUCGUUUCCAGUAUUAGACAAAUAUGCAAUAGAUAAACAAUUAUAUUUGUUCAGAUUUUAGAUUCGAUUUCUUUAGGCGCAGUACAAAUAUUUGGAUUGUAUUUUAAUAGGUCGAUUUGUGCAUUAUUAUAUCAUUAAAUGUAAGCCUCAAAAUAAUUAUCGUGAUAGCUCUGUGUAAACAGACCAUACAUUUUAUACAUGAACUGUUACCAUAGAGCUGAAAUUUUAAUAUUUGUACUACACCUGGUGAAAACAAAUAAUAUUUAAAUAAAGUUCUAAAAUAAUUGUAUGAAUAAGUAACAUUUUAAAAAUAUUUCCAAUUCAAUCACGACAGAAUAGUGUCAAAUUUUAAAUUAUAUGAAGCAUAUUUUGAUAUAAUUACUCCUUACACGUGAAUCAGCAUAACACUUAAGGACCAUUUAUUUUACCAGUUGAUUUAAUAGUUGUUGACAUCAAUCUUUCAACAAUUGUUUUAUUUAUAUUUUAAUAAAUAUAUUUUAUCAUGUUUGUGUCUCCACACAAGUCUAAUUUCAAUGUGCACCUAAGGUUAUGCAUAUGUUAAGAUUAUGUUGCAAUAAACUAAUGUAGAGUAAAAAUAACAUUUGUUUGACAGUUGUUGAUGGUUUGUACUGAAUGUUUUCAAUUUGUUUCAUGCUGUCCAUUGGUUGUUGAGUACUUGGGUGGAUGUCUCUAGUGUGUUAUUAUAAUUGUAAUAACAAAUAUGAAACAAAUCGUAAAGGGGAUGAGCUGCAUAUUACUAGUGCCUUAUUGACUUUCAAACCUUAGUUGAUUAUCAUUUUAUUAAGUCUUUCUGUCAUUGAUUUUUGUGUAGUUUAUUUCCUAGGCUUUGUUAGUCAAUAAACAAUGGAUAAUAAGCAGUUUGUUUAUUAGACUGAAUUCACUGUGUUGCAUAUAACAAAUGUUAAAUAUUAAGGUUAUUAGCAAUUAUUUCAAAAAGGACAUUUUAAAUAAAGCAUUUCAUAUUCGUUAUUUAUUUCUUCUACAUAAGGCAUUAGUCUAAUUGUUUAGUCAAAAUGGUGUAAUUGUAAAUAUCUUGUUUAGAAGUUUUAUUUAGUGUUCAAUUUAAUGUAUAUGAUUGAAUUAGAAAAGAAUCAUCAGAAAAAUAUCUGAAAUAAACACAUAAGCAAGAUUUUUUAAAAUGUUUAUGAAUCCAACUUAUGGACCAAAUAAAUGGCACUUUUAAACUUAGACAUUGUAACAACAAACAAGCAGGCAGACAUUGUAUGCAGUAUCAUAUUAGUAAAUUAACCAUAGCAUUUGUGGACAGUUUGUUCAAGCAUAUUGGAUCAUUGUAUGAACUUAUGUUAAAACAUAAAAACCUCGAACACA